CUGUUUGCAACCGAAAAAGACACGAAGAAGUAAAAAUAGACUCGGCAUGUCAAGUGCCUGAGCAGCCGUAACCAACUCGGAAGGAAUAUUCGGUCUUCUGCGAUGUCCUCGAGCUCGCACGAGACCACGGUCAUUUAGAUCACCAUCGACAGUCGAACAUACCUGUUUGCCCGACGCUGAGUCUGAAAUGGACUGUAAUACAGGUAUGGCCGUGGCGCUGGCUUUGGUGUCUACCAUCUUGGCGAUCUCCUUGUGCCUGAAUGCUAUUCUUUAUUCUCUGAGACGGAGAGAUGCUCGAAGAGAAGCCGUUGAAGAGUACCCGUGCCCUGAACCCGAGGCCUACCACAUGGACAGUCCUGAGGUCACGUUGGAUCAAGAGAACCCCAUAUAUGGCAACAUAAACCCAGACAGGACAGGUGCUGGGGGGGCUGGCGGGGGAGGGGAGGUUUUCUACGAACACAUGACCACACGCUCCAGGGAGGAGAAGCCCCCACAGCAGGACGUGUCCUACGCCUCCCUGGACCUGGUGGUGGGUCAGAAGCGGAGGAAGAAGCACAGGAACAAGCAGAACCCCAGACCGGGCCAGAGCCGGGCGGAGCACCCGUCCCAGCUGGACUUCCUGGAGGUGGAGGCGGAGGUGGAGGCGGAGCCCGGCAUGCCGUGCCGGAACAGCAGCCCCAUGAUCUCCCGCAACAGCAUCUACCUGAAUAGCCACCAGGUGGCGAUGGAGAGCGAGGAGCUGGAGAGGAGGCUGGAGAGGGAGAGGGAGGGUCUGAUGGAUUUUGACAACGUGCAUGACGACCCCACUCGCUUCUUCACUAGGGCCAAUCAGAGCCAGGCUUUUGACACUGAUAGUAGGUAACCCGUGACAACAGUCUCCACCCCCUGAUGCUUUGUGUCUCUUGAGCACCCGGAGAAGGGGAGUACAGUUUGUGAGUUUGGCUUCCCUGCAGUCUGCUUGGUUCUAGAAAGUCUGAGCCAGCAUUGUGAUGUCAUAGGUCAUUGGUUGAUCCAGCUUAAAUCGUAUGUGGAGCAGCACCUGCACCAGAUCUUGAUACUUCUGAAGAAAUCCAUUAGUUUAUUUAUUAUUAAAUACAUUCCAGAAGUUGGGUGAGAUCACUUAUCUCAAAUAUAUGUAGUCCUUUUGUGUGGAGUAGGUAUGUUUUCAUUAUUUUUACACUUACAUAUCUUUCAUGUUAUAAUUCUUCCUGCAGUACACUGUAUAUUUAUUUUUUUAUGCAUUUAGCAGACCCUCUUAUCCAGAGCGACUUACACAGGUUACAUUCUUUACAUACAAAGCAGUGUAGAAAUGUGUCUGUGUUAGUGUGCACUGUACUGUACACAAGUCUGAGGUUUCUAUUAAUCUGGUCAUGUGACCUCGC